AUGGAAAAAGUACUAAAGCAUAGCAAAGCAAAAAGGAUAUUGUGGAGUGCUGCAGUUAGCGCUGCUUUAGCGGCUUGGAGCUCUGCUGGCGGUGAAUUUUAUUCGGCAGAUGCUGAAAUGCAUGGCAAAGAAAGCGCAUCCUGCGCCCUGCAUGCAUACAAACCUUUCUGCCAAGAUACAAAUAGCCUUGUUUUGCUGUCAGAAGAUUUUCAUGCUGUGCAAGACACAGGUGUUGUUAAAUGGAAAGUCGGAGAUGCGUGCGCGCAGGGCUGUGCUGCCUUUCAUCCGCCGGCGCAGUUCGGGUUUAUGUUUGUGGAGCUUCUUGCUGCCCUAGGGCCGGGCGUUGAGGUCAAGCACAUUGCAAUGCGCAAGAUCGUGCAGCACCCAGAGAAUUUUGCAGGCUUGGAGAUAAAUGGCGUCCCGCUGACCUCUCUAGCUUUGCAGACGCUGCGCUUUAUUGAAAAGCAUACGCGGGCCGGCUUCAGCCUUGCGUGCUUUGACAGCACCGCGCAGCGCUUCAUGUCGCCCUUUGCGCCCAACGGAAAAGUUUUUUUUUCUGUGCACACCUGCUUUCUCGAGGAAAAAAGAGACAAAGGGCUUGCAGUUUGGGAAGGCUUGGGCCUGGACGAUGAUCUGCAUUCUCUUUCUGUUGCUGUGCGGUUCUUCUUCCGGAUGCCCGGGGUGUUCCGCGACCUCAUGCAGCUCCAGAACCGCACGCUUUAUAAUGCGGUAGAACUUGUGUGCAAAAGCCCGAAUAACAAAAAAAAGCUGCAGCAGUAUAUGCGUCUAUGGGGAGAAAGUCUGCACUUUUCAUCGGACUUUUCUUUUUUCUUGGAGUGCUUGGUCGGGGUGGCAGGUGGCGUGAUUGCGCUGCAGGAGAGCGAACCUCCGAAAAGCCGGCUGCAUUUCAAAGGAAAGCUGGAAAGGCUGAACAGCUGCAUGAAAAAAGAUGGCUUUUUGUGCGAAGGCCCCCCAUCGGGUAUGGAGUCUACUUUCAUUAAGCAGAUCUAUCUGCCGAUGCUCCAGGGGUUUCUGUCGUUCUAUGCAGUGUGUUUGGACCAUGUUACAGGGUUCCGCGCCCAAGGAAAGCGUGCGUUUUUCCCUAGUGAAACCCACACAAGCACGUUCAAGUUCUGUAGCGUCAGAAAAAGAAUGUUUUAUUGGGAAGUCAAAACCGAGGAGAAUUCAGAGUUUCUGGGGUUUGCAGAUGUUGAUAGGCCUGCGAUGAUAGACAUGCAGCACGUGUGCUAUGUGGAUAGCGAAGAGCAGGCGCGGAAGCCCGUUGUGAUUCCGCAGUGCCAGGCCGAGAUAUCCUGCGCAGAGAUCGCAAAGUACAUUGCCGACCUGUACGAAAAGCCGCUGGAGCACAUCCACGUGUUUUCCCUCAAUCUCUUGACGCUUGCUCUGACAUACAAGAACCCCGAGAGCACUCCAUACAUCAGGGAAAACAGCGUGAAUAAUGAAAUCCUGGUGUUCUAUUAUAUACCGGAAAGCGUGCUAAAGGACGCAAGGCUUCGACUCGUCAUGUUUUGGCCGCUCAGCGAGAAAAGCCUGGGGCCUGCGCAAAGGGUUGUGCGCCUUCCGCUAUUUCUGGGCAGCCUAAUGUUUGAAUCUUUGCCUCUAUCAAUGUAUAUGCCCCACGAGAACAAAGGCAGCAUGCAAGACUUCAGCCAUAUUGAGAGCGUGUUCGCAAUGCUUAACCAAGCUCCACACGUGUUUUAUUUGGGCGACACGUGCUCCCAGGACUACUAUCCACAGGCAACCGUGAGGUUAGACUGCAAAAACAUGCUAGAUCUAGACAUAAACUAUGCGCUCUGCUCCGUCAGCUGCCACGGCCCGACCUCACAAGGAUACUAUGCUGUUUCGUAUAAAACAAGAAAAGUCGAGAGAGAGCUGGGACACACGGUUUUCGUAGACAAAUGGGCAGGCCUGCCCGGCGAGCAGCACAUGCCGGAUUUUUUCAAUGCGCUGCAGAAGAAAUUCCAACACCAGGGCCGUAUGGGUUCUGCAAGCCUUUUUUGGCGCGUGAUAAGCGACCAAGAAGGAAACGCCCUUAUGAUCCUUCUGGGGGCCGCGCAGUGCGCACAGCUAGGCCUCUGCGGCAACCUUCUGCGGGUUAUAAUGGGGUAG